AUGUGCACACGUCAUAAUGGCCGACUGACUGUCACCAUGCCUAUGGGUAAUUCGCAAUCUGCUAACAUUCACAUUCGGGUAUGGUACACGAGGGAUGCAAAGUAUUAUUCGCCUGAAUUUAACGAAUCCAUGUUAAAAACUAAUAAGAACUGUGCUUUUGUUGGAGGGAUUCCCCGCACUAUGACUGCAAAGCAGCUUGCGGAAUACAUGUCUAUCACUUACGGCGACGUACUCUUCGCGCGGAUUGAGGUAGAACUGGAGACAGAUUACCCCAAAGGCGCCGGUUGUGUAAUGUUCCGCUACCGUGAGGCAUUCGUAACUGCAGUUGCCAGUCGCUUCGUCUCUCUGAAUUUUGGAGACCAUAUAAAGCAGGUGGAAAUCCAACCCUAUCUUAUGCGACCUGUCGAAUGCGAAAUUUGCCAGGCGGUGAAGACGAGGAAUUUUUGCCCUAAGUUUCGAUGUCUGAAAUUCAUGUGUGAGCUAUGCUGGAGACAGGCCCAUGUAGGUCUGCCAGAUCACUAUCCCCUGAUGCGUUCACCUCCGCUUCGCCUGCGCGGUCUCACCGCAAAUGUCGACGACCAUAAAACGGAACACUACGCCAAUGAUGGCGCGCCGCACAGGUCCACUUCUAUGCUUCAUUAUGAGGGUGCAUAUAACACUCAUAAUCUGUGCAAUGUUGUGAACUCUAUUCAGUUCCCUCCAGUGUCCCUCUUCGAAGUAGAAAGCCAUCUGUCUUACGUCGUUAUCGAGGACGUGAGCCAAGAAAUGGCAGCUUCAGUGACCAGCGCAAUCACUGGAGAAGAGGAUCUCUCUCCUACGGCAAUAGUAUUAACAGAUCCAGGAGCGCAUUUACCAACCCUUCAUACUACAGUAACUUUAAUAACAGUGGUUAUCUCUUCAAUGACUAUAAUCAUAGUGAUACGAAUGAGAACGCCAGCACACUUCACUUCUCGUCUAAUCCUGGAGAAAACCAAUGGUCCGAACACGCAUCGAGAAUUUCUACCAGUCCUAGUGCAAGUGAGUUUAUUACUUGACGGAAGGGUGGGGGAGGUAAAAUUGCAAUGUGACACAGUAGCGGAACUACUCAAAGACAGCGUUCCCCUCAAACUGGGGUGUACUUAGAU